AUGGGGAGCCCUACAGGGAGCAAGAGAUCCAGCCGGAGUGAUUCCCUGGUUGGGCCUGCUCCUCGAUCGAGCCCUGUCGGCAAGUCAAGCCCUGCUGGAAAUUUAGAGCCUGAGGCGGAGAAUCUGGGGCACUUACACGGCAAUGCCGUCAUCGAGCCUGGUGGCAGUGAUGAGGAUGGCGAAUUUUCACCUAGUGAAUAUGAUGCCGAGUCCAUCAACGACCAAUCCGACUCUACGUCUUUAGGAUCCAGCAUUUAUGACCAUAGUUAUGUCAAUGGCCGACGGUAUCACCGUUACCGACACGGCAGAUACCCGAUCCCUAAUGAUGAGGCGGAACAGAACCGCGAGGACAUGCUGCACACGAUGAUGCUGGAGGCCACAGACGGCAAGCUAUUCUACGCCCCGAUCGGGGACCAUCCGCAGAAGAUUAUUGAUCUUGGUACCGGCACCGGAUUAUGGGCUAUUGAGAUGGGCGACAGAUAUCCAGGCGCUGAGGUUCUAGGACUCGACUUGAGUCCUAUCCAACCUACCUGGGUGCCUGCCAAUGUCACAUUUCUCGUCGACGAUGUCGAAGCAGACUGGCUCAACGGUGACAACUGGGACUUUGUGCACCUACGCAACAUGAUACCCGUCAUGAAAUCACCCGUUGGUCUGCUCAAGCAAGCAUACGACCAUAUGAAGCCAGGUGGUUGGGUCGAGCUACAAGACGUUGAUGGAGAUGUACACUCUGACGACAACACGAUCCCAGACGACUGGCCUCUCAAGAAAUUCACUGAGUACAUGCUUGAGGCGUUUGCAAAAUUUGGUACAAAUGCCCACGCCGCUGUCUUUGGGAGGCAGUACUUGGCUGAGGCAGGCUUUGUCAACAUCCAACACAAUUAUAUCAAGCUCCCCUAUGGCACAUGGCCGAAAGACAAGGUUAAGCGUCUCGUUGGUAUGUAUUAUCGCACAGCCUGCGAAGACUUCUUCCCAGCGGUGGGAGCUAUUCAUUUCCCCAUGCUCGGAUGGGAAAAGGCAGAAAUGGAAAUCUUCUUCAUGCAGUGUCGUCAGGCUAUGCGUGACCCCAAAGUCCACGCGUACGGCAAGAUGCAUUUCUGGAGCGGCCAGAAGCCCUAUGAUGCGGAGUGA